CACUGAAAGUUCGUACAACUUGUUGCCUGUGAUUCUUGGAAUUCACAGAAAAUUUUCAAAAAAGAAAAAAAAUGUCCUUUGGGGAAAAUGUGAAGCAUAUUGUGGUAGUUGGUGAUGGACAAGUUGGUAAAACAUCUCUCCUCUUUGCCUACACCGAUGGAUCCUUCAAGGAGGACUAUCAGGCAACAAUCUACGAAAAGGAGGAAUUUGAAUUGACUGUGGAUAAUAUUUUGUACUUUGUGAAACUGUACGAUACAGCUGGUCAGGAGGAUUUUGAUAAAAUUCGCCAACAGUUCUACAAACGGGCAAAUGCUUUCCUGCUGUGCUACUCAAUUCCCGAGCGUACAUCCUUCGAUAAUAUUGAACUCAAAUGGAUUCCGGAACUCAGAAAAUCACAACAAAAUGUCCCAAUUGUCUUGGUGGGUACCAAAGAGGAUGCAAGGAAUGCUCAUUCGGUAACAACGGAGGAAGGUCAAGCUCUUAGCAGGAGGAUAAAAGCAAAUGUCUUCAUUGAGUGUUCCGCAAAGGCACAACGGAAUAUUCAAUUAGUCAUUUACGAAGCAGUUCGAGCUUCAGUGGUUGGUGUUCAACACUAUGAGGAAGAGGAUGAAGGGUGUUCUUGUUGGUGCUGGGGAUGAAAUCCCCCAUAUUGGAAGAUUCUCAAUAAAAGCGAUCUAUUACAAAUUAAAAAAAAA